AUGAGCCAUUCUCACGAGCAGCAGCCACUACCGCCCAGUAGCAUGCGUGCAUUUGUGGCCUGCUCCGCAUUUGAGUUUGGCGGGGAUCGUGGGCCUGGGGGCAUCGGUGGCGGCAUUGUCGCUUUUAAAUAUCCACGGAAGGGCCUGCGUGGUUGCUGUGCGAGACCGUUUGAGCGUGCGGUGGUGCGCCUCACGCGGGAGUCCCUGUCGGUCUACCGACCCACUGAACCCGGACUUCAUGCUGAGUUGAGCUGGCGGAACGUGCGGGAGAGACGCCGCCACGUGUCCAGGAAGGGAGACCGGGUAUCGUACGACUUUGCCUUCUUUACGCAUUCUGACAUUCUUCUUCUUGAGGUCGAGGACGCCUUGACGGCGGACGGGAUCACCGCUGUGCUGCAGCUCCUGAAUGUGGCGGACGCGUCCUUUGCGUCUCCGGUGCAGGACGCGGUGCAGUGGCUCGUGCAAAACCGGCCGUUGCCGGUGUCCUCUGUAGGAUGCCGUUCCCCGCCGGCCCCGACGACGCGUGUGCCCGUGAUUCAGCGGGACGAUCCGAGGGGCGAGGCGCUGCGGCGUAUUCGGAUGCGUGAGGAGGAAAUGCGUGAGGCCAUUUUUUACGUGCCGCCCCGUCGAUCGUACGCAACUUCGCUCGGAACUGAGAGGCGGCUGAAAACUCGCUCGCCGCCUCGCGGAUCGUCGUCUCCU